CGUCACCCCAGACAAAUAUGAGGGGGCUCGCGGUAGCGUCUCCCUCUUUUCUGAUAGUUUUGCAAACGUAUCGUUCAGAAAGAAAAAAAAUACGUAUACUGGACUAAACCGUCUUGCAGUAAACAUUUGCCGCGUGUCAAGCUCCACGUGCGACAGUGAAAUGUCCUAGUUUGUCUUCGGUGUCAGAGAAGCAGGAAGCGUCGUAUCUGGAAUCGUGAAGCAACCAGGAAGUGCUCCAGCAAUGUAGUCGUUGCUGUUAGCAGUGUCUGUUAUGAGGCAGCUACUUCGCCGCCUGGGGAAAGCCACUGGGAUCUUCACUCUCCUGGUUGUUGUCAUUGCAGCGGUUCUGAAUUAUUUCGACGACUCUGAUUCGGUCACAUACAUCAGCAUGGCUGAGGACAUGAAGACCUUGGAAGAAGACUUCAAGCAGCAGAAAAAAAGCUGUUUCAUUCUUGGUGCUUCCGGGGAAACGGGACAGAUGUUAGUUAAAGAGCUGCUGCAGCGCAACAUGUUCUCCAAGAUCACACUCAUUGGAAGGAGACGGCUCACCUUUGAGGAUAAACAAUAUGAAAACCUGGUACAAGAGGUGGUGGACUUUGAGAAGCUUGAUGACUAUGCUGCAGCCUUCCAGGGCCAUGAUGUUGGCUACUGCUGUCUGGGAACAACCCGCGCAAAAGCAGGGACUGAUGGAUUCAUCCGGGUUGAUCACGAUUAUGUUCUAAAAUCAGCUGAACUUUCGAAGGCUGGAGGCUGCAUGCAGUUUCACCUGGAGUCGUCCAGAGGAGCUGAUAAAAAUAGCAACUUUCUCUACCUGAAAGUCAAGGGCCAAGUGGAAGCAGAUAUUGAAGCACUGGCUUUUGAGAGAUACGCCAUUUACAGACCAGGGGUUUUGUUGGUGGACAGAAAGGAGAGUCGGCCUGCUGAGUGGCUGACCAGGAAAUUCUUUGGUGCUGUUUCUGCUGUGUCUUCUACUUCCAUGUCCAUUCCAAUACAAGCAGUGGCAAAGGCGAUGGUGUCAAAUACGCUGCGUCAACCUGAGCAGAAGACAGAGAUCCUAGAGAAUAAAGACAUCGCCAUUCUGGGAAAGAGCACAGAGAAAUAACGGGUGCAAAGAAUAUUAUCCAUUCACACUGAUGACCUAUGUUGUAGAAAUGUUCCGUGACUUGGCACUGACCUAUGUUUGACUCCUUAAUACCAAAUCUAAUGACUAUGGAUGUUAAACUAUUUACAUUAGACACAUGACACAAACAAGUGGUUUUCAUCUAUGUCAGCUUGUAGAUUACACAAUAACGGAGCAAAUAAGAACUAUUUACAACAAGUAUGUAUACUUAGUUUUUAUAUCAAAGAAAUAAAUAUAUUCAAAAGUGUGUCUCUGUGAACAUAGAUCACUGUUGUGUGUCUGUCUGCUAGAUUCUUCAAUGGGUAGAACAUGUGAAACUUGAAAACCAGAUUAUUCAGAUUUCCUCCUUUUUUGUUUGUCUUGGUGUAAUAUUGGUUAAUAUUUUCAUCAGGUUUUUUUGAUGUUCACCAUUUGUGCUCUGUGACGACACUCUGAAACGUUGCCUGAACAUAAUCCUUUUUUUCUUCAACACUUAAUUAAAAUAUUGUUUUUAAAAUGAGGAAAAUGUUUCCAUAAAAGCUAAUUUAAGAAUGAAAACAAAAUGUCUACAUUAUACGCACAUUAAUAUUGAAUGUAUUAUAUACAGUUUAUUGCAUAGUAUUUUCGUAAACGAUAUCAUAUAUUAAAGAUUAUGGUUUCAUUUAAUUUGUGACUCAGGAAAAACUUUAUUGUGUCUUUAUAUUUCUUAAGCUUAUCGUUUACAAUUAAUGUUCCAAAUCUUAAUUCCUCUUUGUUUUAUCUGGGUUCUUCAUCUUGAAACAUAAAGAUAUAAAAAGUUUUUUCUUGCUCUA